UGUUGUCUUUGCCUUAUAUAGUGCAGAGUUAUCCGGCUGCACUGCUUUGGGACUGUGAGCUUAGACUGCAGCCAAAGUCUGCCACACAAUCUGUCCAUCUUUGUUCUCCUGUUUUGACAGGAUAUACAAGGACGCUUCUUGUGCUAGAACAGCUCCUCUGCUCCACAGCCAUCACUUCUGCCGUCGCUCUCUCCGGUUUACAGUGUGCCAGGCAGCUCUGAAAGAGACAAAAUGAAUGGUUCAAUGGAUGGGAUCUUCGACCACGCUCCCCAUGACGGGUCUUUCAUGUUUACCUCUGAGUCUGUGGGAGAGGGACACCCUGAUAAGAUAUGUGACCAGAUCAGUGAUGCAGUGCUGGAUGCUCACCUGAAGCAGGACCCAGACGCCAAAGUGGCUUGUGAGACGGUGUGUAAGACUGGCAUGGUGCUGCUUUGCGGUGAGAUCACGUCCCGAGCCAACGUGGACUACCAGAAGGUGGUGAGAGAAACCAUCCGAGAUAUCGGAUACGACAACUCAGACAAAGGCUUUGAUUAUAAGACCUGUAACGUGCUGGUGGCCCUCGAGCAGCAGUCCCCUGAUAUUGCACAGGGAGUUCAUGUUGAUCGCCUGGAGAGUGACAUUGGAGCUGGAGACCAGGGUCUCAUGUUUGGAUAUGCCACAGAUGAGACAGAAGAAUUAAUGCCGCUCACUGUCGUCCUCGCUCACAAACUCAACGCUAAGAUGGCCGAACUGAGACGUAAUGGGACCGUCCCCUGGCUUCGCCCGGACUCCAAGACCCAGGUGACGGUUCAUUACACCCAAGAGAACGGAGCCGUGAUCCCCAAGAGGGUUCACACUGUGGUGAUCUCAGUGCAGCACGAUGACUACGUGAGCCUGGAGGAGCAGAAGAAGGUCCUGAAGGAGAAGGUGAUCAAGUCUGUGGUCCCAUCAAGGUACCUGGACGAGAACACCGUCUAUCACUUGCAGCCCAGCGGACGGUUUGUGAUCGGUGGACCACAGGGCGAUGCUGGAGUCACGGGCAGGAAGAUCAUUGUCGACACAUAUGGGGGUUGGGGGGCCCAUGGGGGCGGGGCUUUCUCUGGGAAGGACUACACCAAGGUGGACCGUUCAGCUGCCUACGCUGCCCGCUGGGUGGCAAAGUCUCUGGUGAAGGCCAAACUGUGCAGGCGGGUGCUGGUGCAGGUGGCGUAUGCGAUCGGAGUAGCCCACCCUCUGUCCAUCUCUCUGUUCACCUACGGCUCCUCUCAGAAGAGCGAGAAGGAGCUUCUGCAGAUUGUCAAUAAAAACUUUGAUCUCAGACCCGGCGUCAUCGUCAGAGACCUGGAGCUGAAGAGACCAAUCUACCAGAAGACGGCCUGCUACGGACACUUUGGCAGGAAGGAGUUUCCCUGGGAGGUCCCAAAGAACCUCAACUUCUAGAGUAUCCGUGUAUCUGUGUGUGUGUGUUUGUGUGUGUGUGUAUGUGUGUGUGUGUGUGUGCGGGAGUGUCAGUGAUGUAUAGAUAGCUGCCCUCGUGCUCCUGUAACCCAGUAAGAGAAAGGCAGCUGCGAGGGUGUGCAGGAUUGGGUAAGGGUGGGUGCAGAUAACCGCUGGUGAUUGGACGGUGAGAAAGAGGUCUCAUCUGUAAUUGAAAGCCCCUCAAUAGUAACCUGAAAUAUGAGCGAGCGACUUGGUAUUUUUGUCCCAUAGAUUCAGCGUACAGUUGCAUGCCUGCAGCUUGUUUCACACCUAAACUGGUCGAGAGAUCCUGACUUUUCUGUCCAGUAAUAAGUGAAUGACCAAAUUUAAAGGGAGAGCAGCCAUGUUUACGGGUACAUUGUGGAAACCACUUCAGUGUCUUAAGUUAAAAUCUAAAUUUUUGUUAUUGUUGUCAGUAUUUUUAUAUGAUUAAUACUGUACGAUGCUAGCAGAGUGUCUGCGGGUUUUAGCGUUACUUUGGAUGAUCUAAACCUUUUAAAGAUCUUAAAGGUAUAUUCAGUAAAGACUGUAAGUGUCAGUAGUUUUUAGAGGUCUUGAUGUUUUGAUUUUCAGCAUGAAAUCAAACCUGUACCCAGAAUUUUAUUUCUUCCAAGGUCGAUGGGAGUUUUAUAGUUUUAUAUCAUUUGGUAUUAAAACUUUUAAGAUUUUAUCAAGACCUGCAGACACUACACAAAAUGACUGCAAAACGAAGAGAUGUCAUGACAGGAGGGGAAGAUAGACAGCAGAUAUCAAAUGGCAGUGACUCAUAAAUUUGGAAUUAGAGAAAUGCCUCCUCACAUUUAUUUCAUACAAUAGACAGUUGGAGUAUCUGCAGGGGUUUAAUGUUACUGGAUGAUCUGAAGCAAAACAAAGGCGAGAUGUGAUCACAGAAGAUAUACAGCAGAUGCCCCAAAGACGUUUCAAAUGUCAGCGAUUCUUACACUAGAUAUUUUAUUAUUAUUAUAUUGUUGUCAGUAUUUUUAUACAAUAGAUAGCUGGCUGCUAGCAGUGUGUCUGCAGGAUUUAGUUUUAUAAUCUGAAGCCCUUUAAGGUCUUAAACUUAAAGAUGUGAUGUCAGAAAUCAAUGAACAAACUUGUGCAUGUCUAUUAAAUUGACUCUGUGCCCGUGUCUAAGGUCCAUAUUUGAGAUUAAAAUAUUGUUUUAUAUUAUUUGGUAUUAAACCAAAUGGCCUGCAGACACUUGAUCUAUGCAAAAAGACAAAAUAAAGAUGAUGUCAGGGAGGGAGAAACACAGUAGAUGUCCCAAAGAUGUUUCAAACAUUAGUGACUUUUCAGGUGGGAAUUUGAGAAAACCUGCAUGUUUCAUUUAACAUUUCAACAUUUAUGUCAUAUAUUUUUGUUAUUGUCAGUAUUUCUAUAUGGUAGAUAGCUCGCUGUUAGUAAAGUGUCUGCUACACUGCAUGACCCAAAGCCUUUGAAGAUCUGAAAGUGAUUACAUUCAGACUUAAUAGUAUUCAGAGCUCUUGUUUUCUUUUUCGGUAUGAAAUCAUUGCACAAACCAUUAUAUUUUCUUCCUAGGUCCACGUCCGAGAGGAAACUGUCUUAAGUUUCAUAUUAUUUGGUACUAAAACAAUAUGAACACCUGCAGACACUUGAGACGUGAUCAGGAAACACAGUCGAUGUUCCAAAGAAGACUCAUAACUUGGGCAUUCGAGAAAGCCUGAAUGCUUUUCAUUUAACAGAAUAUCUGCAGGUUUUAGUUGGACAAUCGGAAGCCUUAAAGAUUUUUAAAUGGUUACAUUCAGUAUAGACUGAAAGGCUUACUAGUUUUAGAGUUUCAGUAGGAAAUUGACACGCAAAGCUGUAUUCUGAACUUCUUCUUUUAAGGUCGUUGCUUGAGAUUAACUCCAAGGAAAGGUAAAAUCAAGGGCAACAGAACUUGGUUGAGGUUGUUUGAAGACGUUUCACCUCUCAUCCAAGACGCUUCUGUGGUUCUCUUCAGUUCAGAUUUGAUGAAGCCUCUUGUAUAACAGGUGAAACAACGUCUUUAUGCAACCUCAACCCAAGUCCAGUUGCCCUUUAUUUUAACCCACCUUAGAGAACUAGAUGCCUGAAGAUGACUGAGAAUCUUCACAAACAGUUUUAUAUUAUUUGAUACUAAAACAGUGUGAACCACCAUCACCAUGGAGACCUGCAGACACUUGCAAAGCAAGGAUGAGAAUGAUGUGAAAAAAAACGAUGGAUUCCCAAAGAAGUCCCUUGUGAAUCUGCAACCUUCAGAGGGAUACGUCUCAUCUGAAGGUGAACCACAUACGGUGUCAUUAGUCCGGGAAAAUUAUGUAAAUGAUUUUUGAACAAUAAAAAUAUUUUAACAAGGA